CUUCGCGGCAGCCUCAUGCAGUAGAGGAAGAGGAACAGGAACAGGAACAGGAAGAGGAAGAGGAAGAGGAAGAGGAAAUCUCAGCUCUAGCCAGCAUGUCGUCCACCUUCAACAUGCCACGAAGAUGGGCGUUCGCAUCUCUUGCCCUGAUGAUCGCUCUGGUAUGCACUUGCUUCAUUCUCCUGCGGAACAAGGAAACUACGAUUCUCAAGGAUGUGACGGUGGCCUACAUCAGACAGCAGGCUACUCUCAUGAAGCAGAAGAACCAAGAGCUCCAGAAGGAGGACCGACUGCUGGAACAAGAGGAGAAAGCAGAGGAGAGGUACGUCUUGAGCGAAAGGAAGGCCAAGAGGCUUGCAGAGGAGGCGAAGAGGAAUCGCGUGAUUCAGAUUCAGAACGCGAAACUUCUGCUGGAAAAUGAGAAGUUGAAGAACAAAGUUCUGAGAGAAGAGAUGGAGGCACGGAAAGCUAGAAUCUUUGCCAUGAAGGAAUCGAUCAAAGCAGGGGAUUAUUCUAGAUCGUUCAAGAGCUUGUCUCCUGACUCCAGCCUCACCUCUCCGUCUGCUGAAUCUCCUGCUCAAGUGAAGUUGUCAAAGCGCAAACCCUUUAGCAGCGUGAAGCAAGUCAAACUGGCGGGUAAGCACGUCAAGGCAUGUGUUGGCACGGACUGUCGGGUGCGGUAUGUCCCAGAGGACGUGAAGGAUUGGGAGGCAGCGAACCAUACGAUGGUUGUCAUGGGCAACGGCAUCGGAGUUCCCUUGGGCCCCACCGUCCGCACGCCUCUGGACCCCUCGCUCGCUCCCCUCCGUGACCUCCCCAAGUCGGCGACCACGGGGCAGAAGGUGUCAGAUUCGAUUAGCAGGGAGAUGACUCGCGACUUCACCGACAACUUCGUACGAUGGAAGGACUCCGUGCUGAACCCUUCCAACUUCCCUGCCCCCUGGAACGCCGAGGAGCACAAGGCUGAUGACA